GAACACUGCAUUGAGAUAGUCCAUUGAAACCAUUUUGUAGCAUCAAACUGAAACCACUCUGAAGUGUUGAAUAUUCAAACUAGAUUUGCACAGACUGAUUUUUUUUUUUUUUAACUUUCAUAAUUUUUCAUAAUUCAGUGCUGGCCACCAUAAUAGAAAUUAAUAUGUGAUUGCGUGACCUGCUCUUCAGAUGUCUGAGAAGCAGCCUGUAAUGUAAAGUUUUAGCUUUAAUUCUCUUCAUUAAUAAUUUCACUUUAUAUGUGAUUAAUACAUGUUGUUCUUCAAAAUGAGGUGUGCAAAUUUAGUUUUGAUUAUUUCUAUAAGCACAAAGGGUACCAUCUGGUAGGCUGAUGAUCUGGUAGUUUUUGUCCAGAAGCUUGUGUUUUGUCAACCUGCAAAAUGUUAAGGAUUCCAAGAUGCAGAAUUUGUGAUGGAAGUUCAUAAGCCAGAAUUUCAUUCUACCUUGUUAUUCUGUGUGUUAACAUCUCAUUCUCUUUCUGGGUUGGAUUAAUCUCCCAUUUUCAAUCUGUGUAUUCCAGGUAUUUCUGCAUACAUAGCCACCAGGCUUUGGGAGUACGUUGGCAUAGUUCAGAGUCUGUUUAUAGUCACAAAUACCUGCCAGAAGAAUUUCUAGAGGUGUCUCUAGUUAGGCUGUCUAAAUUCACUGUACAGCAGAUGGCACUGGAAGGGCACGUGACGCCGUAAUUAGUACAAAAUACUAGCAAAGCUGUUGCAGUGCUGAGGGUUAUGAAGAAGUUGUGUAGCUCAUUUUAAUGGAUUCCGGGAAGGGGUGCAUGCUGGGCUCUUAUAGUUGUAGACAGUGGAAAAUUCUACACUUGCAAGUGUAUGAGUGUAUCAUAUGUGGAGGGCUGUUUAUACAGCGCUUUUAAACGCAUUAAUAUGCAAUGCAGAAUUACUGAUAUUAAGUAUGUGCAAAGAAAGAAGAGUAUCUGGAUCAGUAUAGAGUAUUUGACUUCAGGGUAUAUUUGCUUUCUCCUGUCUUGGAUAAAAUAUGUGUAACAGAUGUCAUAAAGUAGAGUGGUUCUCACAUGGAAGACUUGUUCAGAGGCUUGCUCUCAUCUGUAGGCGUGCUGAAUUUACUUCGGAGAGCUUUGACCUGGACUGUCAUUCACUAGAUUUUUAGCAUCUUUUCCUAGAUGAAUGAGCUGGACUUCUGGAUAUAUGCAUGUUUAUGUGGUUUAUAUUUGAACUUCAAACCAUUAUUAUUUCUAUAUAUGAAAUGUCACAAUGAUAGAAGUCAUGAGUCCUGCAUUUGGACAAUCAUGCAUUUUGCUUGAUAACGAUAUUGGCUACUAUGCUAGGCUGACAGAUAUAAACCACUUUUUUGCUCAAUCAAGCUCAGUAGUCACUUUCAAAGUAAAAAGUUUUGACUUCUCUGUAUGCUGCCAUAGAGAUAUAUAUGUUGAGGUUAUUUUUAGAUGCUGGAUUUUUAUUUGUAAAAAACCCCACAUUUUGAUACAGAAAGACUAGUAUGUGAUAAAAACCUGUUCUUUCAAGUGACUUCUGUAGUCUUUUAGUUAUGGAGAAACUGAAGAAAUGUUUUUCCUUCAGCCAAAUUUUAGGUAACUAAUUCUUUUGAAACACACCAAUAAAAAAACUUGGUGAACCAGACAGUUUGGGGCUCUAUACAUCUUCUCUCCCCAGUCAGCAAUGUGAUAAUGUUCUUUUAUUUUCUCCCUAGCUUACAAGGCAGAUUUUACUUUGUUUCAUGCUUGGUUUUUUAGGGUUAGGAAUUGCAAACAGUAUGAUGUACUUCCCACCAGGAUGGGGGAAUGUAUGUGGUAAAGUGGAAAUAGUAUCAGCUUGUGGAUGUCAGUCAGAAGUAGUUGGAGAACGUUGUGGAUUUCGCAAGUGGGGCUAAUGUGAGGGUUCCCAGGCUUCUCGUACUCCACACACAAAGGCCCAGUUAAAUUUAUCAAACGAACAAACACUCUGACUUUGUCAGUUUAGGAGCAGCGUAGAAUCCUGAAGUUAUAUUUUUCACUCAUUUUGUAGGUUCAUUUAGUUACAUGUGAUGAAAAGAGUACUGUAAAUUGGUAAGAUGGCAAAACCCAAAUGGUUUAGGAAUAGAAGGUCAACAGGCAUUUCAAGUCUAUUUUUAAUUGACAUGUAACUCUCCCUUUAUCUGUAUCUGUAGCUCUUUCUUAAUUACUGUGCUUUGUCAGUUAUUCUGAUAUGCGGGAUUUCAGGCAUAUAAAACCCACUAAAUGUAUUCUACUCAUGUUUGGUUUUCAGUACUUCCAUAUUUCCCAAUUAUUCCAAACAUAUGGAGCUCAUAUUAAACAUCAGUAUUUUAAACCAUGAAAUUUUAUGGUUCUGCAUGUAUGUGUCAUAAGAAAAGGAAAAUAAAAGUAGUGUCUUAACCUUUGAAAAUACAUAUGCAUAUCUCAGUAUCCUCUUCAAAUUGUGUAAGUGCAGUACAUUUUUUUCAGGUGUCAGGACUCAUGGUACUACAGGAGUCAUGUUAAAAAUGGGAAAUAAACAGUGAACUAAUAAAAUACUGGUCCUGUUUUUUAAGGUUUUAAUAUUUGUUUAUAGCAAGAGUUGGUUCUUAGUUGUUUAUUUGUUUGUUUAGGAAAUAAGUUUUUGGGGCAUGUUUGUUCUUUGCCGAUGGCAAGUAAAUCAGUUUACAGGCAGAAGAGAAACUUUUCCCCUCAUUGAGAGAAAGAAAGGGAAAGUGCUGUUUAGUUUGGUAAUUAAGAAAAGGAAAUGGGAAGAGCUGAAGAUACUCUAAAGAUGGACUUGGGAAAUGUCAGAGGUUAUGGCAAAGACAGAACAGCUCUUCAAGGUAGGGUGAUGCAGCCAGUGUAGGGAAUUUGAAGAUAGGACUAGGGUACAAAUCCAAGUAAAUCAAGCUUUAGUGCUUCUGCUGUUUAUAAGAACAGUGUUCAACACCCCAGCAGCAGGGCUUUACUUAAAAUUUUCCAAGGUAUUUUGAAGUUCAGAAUCCUUAGCUGCCUUGCAUUGUCUUUUAGUUUGCUUUGGAUAUGAUCCUUUAACCUCUGUGUACUUGAGGACCACAAAAGUUGGGCUGGACAAGAGUAAUAGUGGGCUGCUGUUAGAUUAUAGUAAUCAUUCUGCUUACAUGCUUUUAUGCAAUUUUUGAAUGGUUAUUUAAGAAAAUAAUAUUGUUUAGUUGAUAAAACUUCUUUCAGUUCAUUGCACUAUUUUUCUCAGUUGCUUGUAUUGUGAUGCUAUGGGAGAAAAGUGGGAAGUGCGUACAUAAGGGCUGUUUUACUUUCCCCUCAGUCCUCCAAGCUUGGAAGAUUUCUUGAAAGAUUCUCAUACUCCUCCAGCUUGUCAUGCUUAGCCUGGAGCCAGGCUUGCUGCUGCAGUUUGUGCUGCUAUCAUCACAUGUAUUUGGAGGAAAUGGCUCUUGAAGUUAAAUGAGGCUGGAUAAAACACAUAAAUGAAGCAGAAGCUGCUCUGCAUGUGUUAGGGCUAUAUCACCACAAGCACUGCUGAUCAGCCAGACUUGGUAACUUGUCAUAAUGAAGAAGAUUAGUCUCAAAACAAUUCGCAAGUCCUUUAACUUAAAUAAAAGUAAAGAUGAAAGCGACUUUGUAGUGGUUCAGCAGCCAUCGUUAAGUGAAUUUGGAAAAGAUGACUCCUUGUUUGGCAGCUGCUAUGGUAAAGAUUUGGCUAGCUGUGAAGUCAAUAGUGAAGAUGAAAAAGGAGGCAAAAAUAGAUCAAAAAGUGAAAGCUUAAUGGGUACGUUAAAAAGGAGGCUUUCAGCAAAACAAAAACAAAAAGGCAAAGGCAGCACACCAUCUGUAAGCUCUGCGGAUGAUGACACCUUUUCUUCCUCAUCUGCUCCAAUAACCUUCAAAGAUGUGCGAGCUCAAAGACCUCUGAGAUCCACUUCCCUCCGUAAUCACCAUUACAGUCCAACUCCUUGGCCCCUUCGACCUACGAAUUCAGAAGAGACUUGCAUCAAAAUGGAAGUGAAAGUCAAGGCCUUGGUCCAUUCCUCUAAUCCAAGCCCAGCACUGAAUGGCGUUCGAAAGGACUUCCAUGACUUGCAGUCAGACAACGUGUUCCAGGAACAAAAUGCAUUAAAAAAUACGGAAUCUCAGAAUGGGGACUUGCAUCUUCAUAUUGAUGAACAUGUGCCUGUAGUUAUUGGAUUAAUGCCUCAGGACUACAUUCAGUAUACUGUGCCUUUAGAUGAGGGAAUGUAUCCUUUGGAAGGAUCACGUAGUUACUGUCUGGAUAGUUCCUCACCCAUGGAAGUUUCAACUGUUUCUUCUCAAGUGGGGGGAAAUGCUUUCCAUGAAGAAGAGAGCCAGGUGGAUCAGGAUGUAGUCGUUGCACCAGAUAUCUUUGUGGACCAGACGGUGAAUGGUUUGUUGAUUGGUACCACAGGAGUCAUGUUGCAAAGCCCAAGAGUUAAUCACAGCGAUGUCCCUCCACUCUCACCUUUGCUACCUCCAAUGCAGAAUAAUCAAAUCCAAAGGAACUUCAAUGGAUUGAGUGGCACAGAUGCCCACGUGGCUGAAAGUAUGCGCUGCCAUUUGAAUUUUGAUCCUAACACUGCCCCUGGAGUUGGAAGAGUUUAUGAUUCUGUACAGAACAGUGGUCCUAUGGUUGUGACAAGUCUCACAGAAGAACUGAAAAAACUUGCAAAACAAGGAUGGUACUGGGGCCCCAUUACACGUUGGGAGGCAGAGGGAAAAUUAGCUAAUGUGCCUGAUGGCUCGUUUCUCGUUCGAGAUAGUUCUGAUGAUCGUUAUCUUUUAAGUUUGAGUUUUCGUUCCCAUGGAAAAACUCUUCACACUAGAAUUGAACACUCAAAUGGUAGGUUUAGCUUUUAUGAACAACCAGAUGUGGAGGGACAUACAUCUAUAGUUGACUUAAUUGAACAUUCAAUCAGGGACUCUGAAAAUGGAGCUUUCUGCUAUUCAAGAUCCCGACUGCCUGGAUCUGCAACUUACCCAGUGAGACUGACAAAUCCAGUAUCUCGGUUUAUGCAGGUGCGUUCUUUACAAUACCUGUGUCGUUUUGUAAUACGUCAGUACACCAGAAUAGACCUGAUUCAGAAACUGCCUUUGCCAAACAAAAUGAAGGAUUAUUUACAGGAAAAGCACUACUGAAAGCUUAUGGGAAUCUUGCAUCUUGCACUUUGGGAACGACAACAACAAAAAGAGAUUGAAUUACAGUUUACAGACUUUGAUUAUUAUCAAAAUCUUUUGCUGCCAUAAAAAUAUUUCAUUUUUGUGUGUAAAAGAAAAGUAAUGCAUUUGGAUUUAUGUUUGUUUUGGGGUUUUUGUGUAUUUUGGGGGGCUUUUUUUUUUUUUUUGAAAGAAUGAUCUCAAGUUUAUUUUUAGAAGUGUGAAAUAGCUAUCUUUCAUCAAUGUGCAGAUUAAUCACAAUGUGAAUGAUCAAAUUCUCCUUAAUUUCCCCCAAGUCCUUUGCUGCUAUCCACUGUGAUUUUUAUGCAUUGAAAGCACAUUUCAUGUGUAUUCAACCAUAAGUAAAAGUCAAAUGAAACUUGUUGAAUGGAAUUUUUUUUUUUCUCCUUUAAAAUAGCCUGUUUGAAAAAAAUGAUCAUGGAUUAAAAAAACAUAUUGGUAUUCUAAAUUACAGAAUUUAAAUCUAUGUUAAAAAUGAUUUCCUAGUAUCCUAAUUAUAAAUUUCUAUAGAGAUAUGCCCUAACAUAGAACUUAUUGACAGAGCUGUGUGGUAAGAACAUGGUUAUGCAGCAUAUCUUUGGAAAAAAGCCCCACCUUUCUCCUAAGCCUUGUAUUGUCUGUACACUCUUUUGUGUUUGAGAAGGUUGGUUCAGCCUUCUUCUUGUCUCAGUAUUUUGUCCUUCUAAAAAUGGCCUUUAAAAAAAAAAAGUCGUCUAUGAAAGUCAAUGUGUAGUACCUGUAAGGAAAUUGCGGUAUUUGGGGUCUUGUCAAAUAUUACCUUUUACAAUCAUGCCAUCAGUUAAAUAAAUGAACACCUACCAGGUCGCCUCUUUCUGUCCUUUUCCCUCCUACCUCCUUUUGGGGGUGUGGGGUGGGGUGUAUUUCCUGGGUUUGUAGGAAGACUCUAGGAAUUGUUAUCGUGGGAACAUACAUUGAUAAGCCAUUUUAGGGAUGGGGUGAAACUUUGAAUAGGAUGAUUUCUACAAUAUAUAUUCAAGCUAAUUGAAAUUUCAUUAUUUUCCAUCUUCUGCUGGUUUUUUGCUUCAGAAAUGCAGUAAUACACUAAUGUCCUUUGGAUCAUUUUUCUCCUUUUUUCGGAUAUCCUUUGGGGAGGAAGGAACAGGACUGAUAACAUUUUGGAUGGAAGAUGCUUAAAAUGCCUCUCUAAAGCUCUAUUCUCAUAGCCUUUCAAAUUAUGGGGAAAAGAGGUUUGGAUAUACACUGGCCGCAGAAAAUGUUGCAGUUUGCUGUCAUGAAAUAUGUUUUGACAUACGAAAUACUGAAUCAAUUAAGUAAACGUUUAUGAUAUCUGUCAAAGAUUCUGGCAUUUGAAAAACUUACAGUUAUUCUAACCUUCUGUAGGGAGAAAAAGACUCUCAGUGGGGAGUACAGGUUCUACACUGUAAUAUUUUUAUCAUGCAAGGGUAAUCCGUGGCAUUUUCCUGUUUUGUUUCAGUUCCCUGCCCGCCCCCCCUGCCCAUGAUUCUGUCACUUCUAUGAGUUAUUUGUUAAAGGGGUCAUAGCUAGCUUGGGAGGGAGGCUUGCUUUGCCUGCCUCUGCCCCCAUUUUGUAUUUUAGAAUGUCAUCUUCCCCAUCUCUGGUAGGAGUUGUUAGUCAGUAAAUAUCAGCUUAGAAAAGGCUGUUCAUCUGUGAUAACAGCUUUCUUGUUUAGGUCAUUUUCUUCUCCUUGUUUAAUCUAGCCUUUUUGUCCCCUGAAAUGAGUCUUUAGUAAUGAAUACAGUAUUGCUGCAAGGUGGUGCAAUAGCACUACGUCUUGGGUUGCCUGAAUUGAUAGACGAAAUUUAUAUUUUUUUAAUUUAUUUUUUGACCAUAAUGUUUUAACUAAAAACUUAAAAAAAAGAAAAUCAAAGGUAGAUAAAAAGGCUGCCUUUGCUUUUAAGGGAGGGAGAAUAAGGAUUUCUUCUUUAGUCUGUUAAAGUUUUAAACUUAAAAAAAACAACAACAAACCCCAGAGCAGUCUAUAUGUGUAAUUUGUUGGCUCUGCCAUUGAGAUAUAUGUAUGAAAGUGUGAAUUCUGUUUUCUUUUUUUUCCUCUACUGACUCCCUUCCCCCUCCCCCACCCCAGCUCUCCCUGAAUCAGGAUCACUAACUUUAUUCAAAAAGGCACAAUAACCUGUAGUAUGGUACAGUGUUCUGAUUCUGUCUGUGGGGAGGAAAAAGAAAAUCAUUUUUAUGGAUUUUAGAUGGAUACUUUUGGAAGAAAACCUCUGGCAUUGUCUUCACUUUAAAAAUUCUUUCCCCGUACAAGCUAGAGGGCCUAUGCAUUCUACAGAAUCUUUGAAAGAUUAUAGUAUAUUAAAUAUUUUCUUUGCCAUUUAAUACCACUAUUGAAUGCAUUAAACAUGUUUAUACUAUACCACAUGCAUUAAUUUAGCAGUCAUUGCAUUGAAACUUAAAUAUUUGAAGCUAUAAUAUUCUGGUCUUAUUGAUGAAUUGAAAAACGUGCAAGAACACACAUGCUAAAUUUCUUGCCCAUGCCUUUAUAAAUUUCAGUUUGUUCACUCAUGCAUGUUGAUGCUUUUUUUUUUUUUAACUUUGGUUCAGCUAUCCAGUUUUUGAAUUGCCUGCCUUGCUGCGUUCUUCAUCUGCGAACUUAAUCAGGUCAAGUCAACUUUGUCAUUUGCAUACCCCCCCCCCCCAUAAAGCUUCCACAAAAGGAAUGCUGAAAAGUGGUUGAGGCCUAGGAUGUGAGAACCAUAUAGCACUUUUUUUCUAAAUAAAAAAUGGUGGUGAUAUUUCUAGUAAGCUCAAAAUACUUUAAAUCAGUAGUAAGUAGGCACAAAUACUUAUUUUUACAGGUUUAAUUAAUCAGAACCUCACAGUAUUUUUUCAUACUGAGGUAACUGGCCAGCCAGGAGAAGGAACCCAGAAAAAUUACUUUGAAAACAUUAAAGAUACUUACAAUUUCUUAUAGUAAAAUUAAUAUAAAAGAAACACAGUAACAUUUAGUUAUGAGACAAUUUAGAAGUACUCAGAGUAACCACAAAAAUUGUGUUGACUUCUGCUUCAUGAAAAGUAGAGGAACAAAGUGUCCUUGACAAAUAAAAGGAAAAUGAUUGAGGGUAUUUUGGGGACCUUUGGAAGUAGAUACACUAGGAAUAAAAGCUAACUGACUGUGAUCCUUAUAGAGUAGAAAUAUGGCUAUUUAUUCAGCACAAUAGUUUAAGGGUUCAAAAGGUAUGCUUUUUAUGCAAUUGAAUUGUGGAAAAAUGUUUUUGAAAAUGAAACUUUGAAAUAAAACUCCUUUUUUGAGCAUCUGAAAUGAUUGAUGUUAUUGAUAACAUUGUCUCUUUUACCAAUUAGAAGAGUAAAACAACACCUUGUAUUUGGAAAUAGAAAAAUAAAUUUGCACAAUUUCCUCUGUGGUUUUUUUUUUUGUUUGUAAGCCAGUGUUGUAAACAACUGAAAGUGAUUUGUAUUCUUUGAUCUAUUUGAAGAAUAUAGCACUUAUCCUGCUCUUGACAUAGUGAAUGCCAUCUUUUUAUCAAAAUGGUUUUCUGUCAGAAGGAUCAGAAAUGCAACUAUUAAUUGAACUCUUUGUUCUCAGAUUAGCUGACUGUAUUUUGUUAAAGCCAUUUUCUUUCCGUGAAUAUUGACUGCUGGGCUAAGUGAAAUCUGUGCAGUUUUUGUUUUGAUGCAUUUCAUCUAUGUGAAUACUGGAAUUAUAACUUUAAAACAGCAUACCAGCAAUAUAUGGGCUAUGAUUCUGAUGAGAAGUAUUUCUCUGCUACAGAACUUUCAAAUUCUGAGCUAAGCUAUGGAUAAAUUAAUGAUUGACAAUUUAAUUUCUUAAAAUCUUUUUAUGACUGCAAAGAACAAAAAUUACAAGCAUUCUUUAUAAAUAAAAAAUGGGCUAGAUGGUAGUUCAUACUGUGAGAAAUAUGGCGUUGUAUCUGGAAAGUGUUCUAAAUUCUACACAGAUAAUGAAAAAUUCUUAAAAGAAUUUUGUAUGAAUACCUGUUGGGUUAAAGAAUUUUUAUAGUGAUGAUGGAGUGCCAUGAAGUUAAUACUUGCAAUCCAGAUUGCUGUAGUUUACACUUUUCUCUGUUUCAGACCUGGUGUGCACUAUUUGUACUAAGCACGCCGCAGAGUGAAUUAUCCAAAGUCCAUUGAUUUUAAUGUGUUUUGGUUUGUAAACAAAAUUAUAGUAAUUUCUUGCACAUUUUUGAAAAAUAAUUGUAUAAGGAUUUAUGUAUCUGCUUCUGGAUACAGUGUGUAAAUAAAAAUUUCAUUCACAAAAAGA